GAAGAAGUUGCUCGCGCCCUUAAAUCCUAACGAGUCAGUCUGCCUGACGGAAGAGAGAAUUCGUCAUAGGGAACUGGGAAAUGAGCGGAAAGCUAGAAAUAUGGCGACGUAUGUCAAUCGCUGUCAAAUUCUGUACUCCUUGUGCCUGCUUACAUGGCAAGCGCCUCCUGCACCAAGCCCCAGACACCAUUGAGGAGCUUCUCGAUAGGCAUCUAGUCAAGAAGGAUAAGCCCCUUGACGAUGGAGAAGAAGAAUUGAUUAAUCGGAGGCGACUGACCAGCACUCGCCGUGAAGCACUCAGCCUUUACCACGAUAUUCUUCGCGCCACCCGAUUCUUUAUGUGGCCUGACUCCAAUGGCAUCCUCUGGCGUGAUAUUCUCCGACACAACGCCCGAAAAGAGUUUGAAGAGGCCCGCUUCGAGACCGACCCUGAAGUCGUCACCCGAUUACUUAUCGGUGGCCGUGAGGCUGUCCACUCUGCUCUUGAAAAGCUCGCCAAUCAGAUUCAGAAGGACCGUGGCGGUGGAUAUCAACGCUGACCUAUCAUCUUCUUCCCUUCCCUAUUUCUCAAAAUUCAAUUCCUUAAGGAGUCAUGGCAAUUCUGACUGUUCAAACGAGAACCUAUACAUGAAGCAGGAGUGUUGACCGGGAAACAAAACAAAAAAAGGGGGAAAAAAAACGCGAGUAAAAGAAAGAUAAUAGGAUAUGUAAAUUUGGGGCCAUAUUUGUAAACCGAAUCCAGAUUCUGAAGAUUUGUCAGCCUCGGGUUUCUGCUUUGCUGGUAAAACCGUCUGUUUAUAAGCUAUUUAAUGUGUUGAAUAGCACUAUGUACUUGUUAUUUGGCUAUUCAUUAACAAACGGAUGGCAUGUGUCAAAAGGCAAAACCUCACCAAGUUAAAAACGCUCUAUUGGAACCUUACCUAUUGCGUGUAUAUGUCUCAUACGUCAAAUUUGUAAGCCAUCACCAUAUUUAAUAAAAUUUAAUGAAAUUCUACUUU